GCCCACCGGACCAUCCUCUCUCUCGAAAUAUUCCGUCUCCUCUUCCUCCGCCGCCACCAGAAGACGACGCCAAAAUCGUCCUAAGGCCUCUAAGCUGUCCAUCUCCCCAGAUGAGCGCGAAAUCCCCCCGGCGAGGCUCUCCCCCGAGCGAAAGCCAACGGGGCGAGCGAAGGCGGGCGGCGCGCGGGGAGCCGGGGAGGAGCGGCCCAGCCAAUGCGAGGCGGCGGAGGGAGGCUCUUCCUUCGGCUCUGCGUUCAUUGGUGUCGCACUACCAAUCAUCGGAAACUGCUCGCUAAUACCCAAUAAACUCCCUGGUUGACAAGUGUGUUGAGAGGUAAAAAGCACACUCAGCAAAAUGCAGGCUGUUCAGCAGGCUGCAACUCAGGGGGCACACAUCAUCCAGACAGCAGGUGGGCAGCUUAUGCUCCAGACAGUUGGAGGGUCUGGUUCAAUACAGGUUGCAUCUGCUAAUGGUCAACAGCUACAACAGAUACAAGUUAUACCUGCCUCAGGUCUUCAGCAGAGUGGAAAUCAUGUCAUGGUGCAAGGAGGAGGGUCAACCCAGCAAGCACAGAUCAUCCAGACUUCAGAUGGACAGGCACUGGUUUACCCCAUUCAGUUGGACAGUCAAGGCAACAUCAUCCAACAGCAACCAACAGAUGGCAACCUAAUCCAGCUAGCGCAAGCAUCCACUUCGCAAGCAUCUCAGACAGGAUCAGUACAACAGAGCCCACAGACAACCCAACAGACUGCACAAACAGCUCAGACCAACCUUGCAAAUGUUGUUAUG